AAUGUUUAAUGGUUGGACCGUAUGCGUUGGACUCAUAUACACUUCUAUAAAAUCGACAACAAAAUAGAGGCACAGACGUAAAUUUCAAAUUUGGGCUUUUUUCUUUCAAUAAUGGAGAAUUCACUGAUUGAUGAUGGAAUUGAUGAAGAUAAUCAAGAUUUAUUUAUAAAUUUCCCUCUGGUCGUCCAAAAGGCUAUAGAAGAAGUUUUACCAAGUAAAGAUCCUCUGGAUGAACCCGAUUUCAACAGUAUUGAUUACAUAAAUUCCCUGUUUCCCACAGAACAAUCUUUAUCAAACAUAGAUGAAGUAGUACUGAAAAUGGAAAAUAAAAUAAGUUCCAUUGACAAUGAAAUAAGUAGUGUUGUGCGUGGCCAAAUAGCAGCCAGUGAAGAUGGAAGGCAAGCCCUAGAUGAAGCUCAAAAAGUUAUAAAACAACUGUUCACGCAUAUUACUGACAUCAAAGAAAGGGCUGAAAAAUCUGAAGAAAUGGUUCGAGAGAUCACCAGGGACAUAAAACAACUAGACUGUGCAAAAAGAAACUUAACACUUGCUAUAACAACUCUUAAUCAUCUGCACAUGUUGGUGGGGGGAGUAGAUACUUUAAAAUCCCUAACUCAAAGACGAUUGUACGGAGAAAUCGCUCUUCCACUUCAAGCAAUAAGCGAAGUAAUGACUCAUUUCGAGAACUAUUCAGAUAUUCCUCAAGUGAAAAGUUUAAGUGACCAAGUGAAGUCAAUACAUGUGGAGCUUGCUCAGCAGAUAACUCAUGAUUUCAAAGAAUCAUUCACAGGUUCAAACACGAAAAGUUCGAUUCCGAAUAAGCAAUUGGCCCAAGCCUGCCUAGUAGUAUCUAUUUUGGAUCCUAAAGUGAAACAAGAUUUAUUGAAAUGGUUUGUUAAUCUGCAGUUGCAGGAAUACAACCACUUAUUUCAAGAAACAGAAGAUACCGCAUGGUUAGAUAAAAUAGACAAACGUUAUGCUUGGAUUAAAAGACAUUUGUUGGAAUUUGAGGAUCGCUUAGGUAACAUGUUCCCCCAGAAUUGGGAAGUGUCUGAAAGAAUAGCAAUAGAAUUUUGCAAUAAUACCAGAGAAGAACUUUCAAAAAUAAUGGCUAAAAGGAAAAAUGAAAUAGAUGUGAAGUUACUACUCUAUGCAAUUCAGAAAACAAGUGCUUUCGAAAAUCUUUUAUCGAGGAGGUUUACAGGGGUAACAAUAAAUGAAUUUUGUGACAAAUUACAAAAAAGGUGCGAUAACAUUAAAAUUAAUGAAUUUGUUGAUGCUGCAAAAUCUGAAGAGAAAGACGGAGACAUGAAUAUAUCACCUUUUCAUGGAUUAAUAGGUAAAUGCUUCAUUCCACAUCUUGAAAUAUAUAUCGAGAGUGUUGAUCGAAAUCUUUCUGACCUUAUAGAAAGAUUCAUUUUGGAUCAGAAACAGAGCAAACCUACUGAGGCAACUGAAACACAAGCUGCUAUUUUGCCAAGUUGUCCAGACUUGUUCGUCUUCUAUAAAAAGAGUAUGAUCCAAUGUAAUCAGCUAGACAGGGGUCAGACUAUGCUGAGUUUAACCAAAACAUUCCAAAAAUAUUUGCAUGAGUAUGCAGAAAAACUAUUACAAAAUAAUCUCCCAAAAUUUGAAACUCAAACACUUGGAACUUCUGUACAGAAUUUUACUAAAGAUCUUCAAAAAAUUUCAACAUCAGGUCUUAUACAAAAUUUCUCAUCUCUUCUGAAAGAGGGAGAAUCAACCAGAUUUACCAAGGAUGAACAAACCAAAAUUUGCUGUAUUUUAACCACAGCAGAGUACUGCUUGGAAACUACUCAGCAACUUGCUGAUAAACUCAAAGAAAAAGUAGAACCUUCACUGGUUGACCAGAUUGAUUUAUCAAAAGAACAGGACAAUUUCCAUAAGGUGAUAUCAAACUGUAUUCAAAUAUUAGUUCAAGAUUUGGAAAAUGCAUGUGAGCCUGCAUUAACAGCUAUGAGUAAGAUCCAGUGGCAAAAUGUAGACACCGUUGGCGAUCAAAGUCCAUAUAUAACUGCUGUAACGACACAUCUGAAAACCACUGUUCCUAUAAUCCGAGAAAACUUAUCACAUUCCAGAAAAUAUUUUACUCAGUUUUGCAUAAAAUUUGCAAACAGUUUUAUUCCUAAGUUUAUACAAAAUAUUUAUAAGUGUAAACCUAUCAACACAGAAGGAGCUGAACAGCUUUUGCUGGACACUCACAUGCUGAAAACUGUUCUACUCAAUUUGCCUUCAAUUUCAUCUCAAAUCAACCGCCAAGCUCCGGCAGCCUAUUCCAAAGUCGUUACAAAAGGAAUGACAAAAGCAGAGAUGAUAUUGAAAAUUGUUAUGACGCCAAUUGAACCUCAAAAAAAUUUUGUAGAUCAGUGUAAAAAAUUAUUACCAGAGUGUCAACUUGCAGAAUUUCAUAAAAUCCUGGAAAUGAAAAGUGUGAAAAGGCAAGAGCAAACUCUUUUGGCAGAUAUAUUUAAAAAUCACAAAUAGAAAACAGACAUUAUUAAGAAAUAAUGUGAACUCAAUAUUUUAUGCUUACACGAAGUUAUCUCAUGUUCCUCUAUACAGUAAUCUAAACCAAAAUUCAAAUAAUAAAAUUGAGGAUAAAAAUAAUUACAUUUUCAUUAUAUGUCCCAUUUUCUCUCUCUUUAGUCUUUUUAUUUGGUAUGAAAGAAAAUGAUGAAAAAGGUAAAAAUUGAGACUCUUGUAUUGUUCCACAAUUUUUUGAAAACUCAAAGAAACUUAAUAUAUACAUUGUCUUCGAAAGUGAAGAAUAAUGAGUUUUUUUCUCCAGAUGUUGAUCAACUUAUUAUUUUUUUAAAAUGUGGAAAAAAGGUAUACAGAAAUAAAGAAGUGUAUUCCAGUAGCCAAGUUGCUUCCUGCACAACCAAAAAAACAUCUAUGGCCGUGAAAGCAACAUUACUAGACCUAGAAUUUAUUUGUAUGUUUAUUUAUACCUUUUGUAUGUUUAUCUGUAUGCAUGUUUAUAAUUUAACUACAAGUAUGACUUGUCUCAUCUGCACAUUAUGUAGCAAAAAGGAUCAAUAAAAUCUAUCUCCUCAAA